AUGGAUGCAGCUGUCAUUGCGACAAACAACAAUUUUACGUGUCCUUUUGGUGCUGUCAAGGUGUAUCCAUCUCUCAUGGCAUUCAUCAUCAAGUAUCGCUUGGAGAAACGGCUAUCAAAAUUGGUCACUGUGUCGACAUCUCUACAGCAAGGAAAUGUGUUCUGGUUACUGGGUGGUAUCAAACAUCGUGGAUUCUCAUAUGACACUGGCUAA